CUUGAUAAACAAGUGCCCAAAUAGCUUCUUCAGUGCAUAAUUGUUGUACGAGACUUAAAUAUGUGUUUUAUCAGAUGUGUGCGCUUGUUUACUAUGAAUUUCUGCCGAGUUGUACGUAUAGUUAUUGCGACCACAUUCAGGGAAACAGAGUUGAUUUAAUUCCAUCGAAACUACUAUGCAGUGGCAAUUCCAAGGUCUUGUGAAAUACUAAAUCCGCUGGUAAUUCUAUGAUUCAGAAACUAAACAUUACUAAACCGACCUCUCUUCUCGUUCCUUUAGUAAAAAUUUCGUCUUCACUAUGGUGCUCUCACCGGAUUCGCAGCUACUUCUAAUUCUCUAUCUAGUAUGGAUUUGUCGCCGCCAACGGAUUCCGCGCUACGCGGUAGGACGACCUCGACAUAGGCUGGAUGACGUCCGGCUUGAGGUAUUUCACCGCGAGAACCGGUGCCACUACCUGUUCAGCGUUCACCAACGGCAGUACACCAAGCGGAACAUAUCGUACGCGGCUUUGAUGAGUUCGUCGAGUGAGAUUAGCUUGGUGCGACGGUUCGAGGCUUAUCUGAGGGUGAAACACGAGUUGAAGUCGGUGGGCCGUGAGAUUGUGGUGUGGACGGAGGCGGCGUUCAGGAAGCGGGACUCGGAGCUGCAACAGAUGUUGGAGUUGUGUGAAACGCCUGAUUGGUUGGAGACUGGAUUGCUUGGAGUUCGGAGAUAUCGAGUUAAGAGGAGUGUGGAGCUGGAGGAGAGUUUGCUGAAAUUGGUUGAUCCACUGUACAAGUUAGCCGAGAAAAUUGCUGGAUUGUUGAUUGCAAAGAUACCAAUUGGACCAAGGAAUACUUCUAAUGAGUCCUUCAGUUGGCUGGUGGAGCACGUAUUCGAAAAGAAUUCUUUCAAAACAGACUUUCUUGCGAAAUGUUCCGAAUUAUCUGAGGAUACGCUGCGAUUCCGAAACUUCUUGGAAACUGCAUUGCAUCAGCAAUUUAAACAAAAAAAAAUUGCAGACUUUCAAUUAUCUUUCAUCGAGCAGCUUCCGCACUCGUCAUACGUUACGGUUUGCCUUGAAGAUCAUCACAUCACGAGCGUUUCUCGGAAACGAGGGUGGAAUUUUCAAAACACCUCAACCAUUGCGGAUGCGCAAAGCUUUCUGUCCGCGCUAGUUUUCUACACAAACGUGCCAACGGCGCCAACUUUUGAAAAGGUGAUUCAUCAACGGUGCGGUAUCAGUGAAGGCGUUUGCAGCGAAUUGAGAAGAUUUUUGAGGAGAGGAAACAUGCUGAACGAAAAGCAGAUGAAUGCAAUCUUCGAGUUGGAUGAAUUCGGGAAAAACAAGCCAAGUUGGAGGAGUGAUAAUUUGCAGUUCACGCUGGAGAGUUUGAUGGCGUUGGAGGCAGCUUUGAGUCAAUUUUGUGCGUCGAAAUCAACAAGACUGAUGAUUUUGGAGGCUGGUGCAAGUGUCCGGUUGACGUUGGAAAGGAUAGCGAGAGUCGCUGAAGAGAUGUUGCCUGAAAGUGAUUUCAUUUUCGUCAGAGAUUCAAAAUGCAAUCAACUGGAUAGGUUGCUGUCAAUCCUGGAGUGCUUGGAAUCAGUUACGGAUAAAAUGCCAGUAGUUAUUGUGCCUUACACUCAGAAUGAAAACGUGUUAAGUAGACUUAAGAGUGCUUCUAAUCUUUGCCGAGCAGUAUUAGUUGUAGAUCACAGCCAUGUGAUAGAAGAUAGCGCAUUUGACAACCACAAAGACGAUUACUCAUUUGAAGAUGUUUCAAGUGACACCAAAGAUAGUUUGUUCUCGAAAAGUAUAUUUCUUCAGGGGAAGGAGUAUUCGGUAACCUCACUGUUGAGCGACAAAAGUUUAAGAACGAUUCCCAUGGAAGCUGUGAUUAACUGGAAUACAUGUGAGCAAAUAAUUAUGGGAUCAAAAAGUUUGUCGAAUGUUCAGCUUGAUUGCUUCAUUGAGCGAGAUUUGUUCAGUGAGUUUGGUGAAGUAUGGAAGAAUGAUGAGGAUUGCAUCACUGUUGUAAGUGGUGAACCUGGUAUUGGCAAAAGCGCUUUUCUCGAAAAAAUGUCGCAAGACAUUAAGCAUAAGCAAUGUGUCUCGAUUUUCCUUAACUGUCGAACAAAAAGUUUUUUAUUCAGUCAAAAAUGUGAUAUUUUUGAGGUUUUAAUAAAACUGUUAAACGUAGGAAAAGCGAAUCACUUUCAAAAGUUUUUGCUUCAAAUGCUCGUGCAAGAAAAACGAAUUCAUCUGUUUUUGGACGACUUUGACGAAAUUGGUGAAUCAGAAUCAUCCCUGGAAUGGAUUCAAAAUCUUGGCUUCCACUCCGUAGUAAUCACUGUGCGACCAAACUUUGAGGCUUUUUUGAAGGCAAAUCUAAAUAAUUUUAAAUUGUGCUAUCUAAAGCCAUUUAAUAAAACCGAUCAACUAAUUUUCUUACAAUUAAGUUGGAAAAACAAAGAUGAAAAUCAACUCAAAGAUUUGAUUCAAAACUUUCAAACGUUGUUCGAAGCGAAUUUCCUAAAAAUACCGCAGAAUCUCAAAAUCGCUGCAGCUCUACACGAAGAAGCAAAUUUCACAUUUAAAACAGAAAAUGUCGCAAAAACUGUAGAAACCUUCAUCGACAAAAGAUUCAGUCUGUGCAGCGAUCGCUGCUUCAACCUCGACAGCCGAGCUCACGAGCUUGCGUUGAACGCUUUGAGAAGCGGUUUUGAGCAGGACCAUGCCGAGCUUGCUUUUGCACUGGAAUGUGACGACCUGGAAGUGGAUCAGGAAAUGGUUAAAAAAAUAUAUCACUUUGGUUUGUUGCGGGUUGCGGACGGUAAAGUGACUUUUGUAGAUUCUUCUUUUCGGGAGUGGUUUGUGGUGAAGUUUUUGCUUACGCAUCACGUGGAGCAAAAGUACUUUAAUCGACUUAUGGAGAAUGGUUUGAAUGAAUUCGAUAGCAGUCGAUUUGUGGCAUUCUUAGACCAUCAAAUUGCUAGUAUUGACAGUGGACAAGAGCUCUUGGGUCAGGUCGAAGUCUUGGAGUGCUCAAAAGGUUUAGUAUUACAUCCAAAUCACAAGCUAAGUGAAAUCAAAGUCAAGCAAUUUUAUAAUUUCUUUAAGUUUUGGUGUAGUGAAGAGCAACUAAAAGACUGUAUUUAUUCUAGCAUUAUUAACCAAAAGUUUAAUCUUUUUGAGGCUAUCUAUGACAGUUUACCGAUUAAUUCGUACAAUAAUAUUAGGUUUAAAUUUUGCACUUGUGAUACUAAUUCAAACUUUCUUGACUUGUCAUCAAUAACCGAAGAUAAAAUUGUUAAAUUAUUGAAAAUUUUAAGCUGUAAACAUCCAAAAGAUCAAAUCAAACAAAUAUUUACCAACUUCACAACUGACGAACCAGAUUUCGUUACAGCCGCACUCAAACGAGGAUUCAAGCGAGUCAUAGAACAACUUUUCAGCAUCAACCAAGGCAUAACUUGCCAAGAAGACGUUGAUCUUCUGCAAGACUACAUCGAGCAACGCUGGAGGGAGUACCUUAACCUGGCGAUAGCCGAUAAUCGGAUCGAAAUUUUAGAAUUGGUUUUAAGUUGUAUUGCCAAAAAGUACCACCAAAGAGUGAUCAAAGCGUUUUUGAUUAACCAGCUGUGCCUGCACGCGUUUGCUGAAGUUUGUAAAAGUGUGGACGAAUCGGCGCUGGAGAUUGUUGAGCUGGUUGUACAAUUCGCCGAAGAUAAUCUUAGUGAUUUUGAUUUGAGUUCAAUGGUUAACAGAAUAUUUCAUGGUAGCAGUUUGAGGGAGUUAGUGGAUAAAAUUACGUGCGAGAAGUUACGAUGUUGUUUUGAAAAACUUUUUUGAAUAUUUUCGUUUUUAUAACACGUGUAAUUAAUAAAUACUUAAAAAGGAAAAAAAAUCAUGUAUUUUCGACGCCGUCGUGCUAACUUGUCGUACGUGCAUUUUGGGCCAAAUUGAGUUAAGAACGCCAUUUUGCGUGGCUCAUAAUGUCUCACCUUUUGACUUUCACAGAUCCCCAAAAUUC